AUGAGUACAUCAAAUGGAAAUGUGUUGGAAGUCCCUGAUUCUUCGGAGGAAGAGAGUGAGGAAGAUGAGUACGAGACAGAGGAGGAUAAUAAGGAACACGAGAACGAGGCAGAGGUGGAGGAUGAGCCCGGCAACCCAUACAAAACAACGGAGUUUGUCUCCAAAAUUCACGUGUGGUUACAAGAUGUUGACCCUGUUCGGCUUCGUCGUCUAGUUCAAGAAGAGGGACUACUCAGCUUUGGCCAACUGAAACGUUUGAGGAAGAUACAAGACCAAAAGGGCACGGCUGAACACAAUGAAGAAUUGAUUUCAAUACUUUUUGCUGGAGAAACUGAAUCCUAUCUGGUCUUAUGUUCAGCAAUCCGCCAGAUGGGCUACACUGCCCGAUACUUGGAGAUGCUUCGUAUUGUAGCUAAUCCAGAGCAAGAAUUGCUGUCCAGUGUUGGGCAACCAGAAUCAGCCGACGCCAUAGCAACCAGAGCAGACCCACCUGUAACCAAGCCAACUGAAGACUGCACGACAGCAGCAGCUGCAUCAGCAGGAUAUCCAGCGUAUCAAUCCACUCCAGGGGCAACGAGUCCAUCGCCACUUGGACAGCAAGUAGCACCACUGUGUCCACCGAUGAAAAGCAGAACUGCAGCAGCAAGACCAGGAGCAGAAGGAGAAGCAGCGGGAGCAGCAGCAGCAGCUACAGGGGCAAUGGCAGGAGCAGCAGAUGCAACGGCAGGAGCAGCAGCAGCAGCAACGGGAGCAGAAGCAGCAGCAGCAGCAGUGGCAAUGGCAGGAGUAGCAGAAACAGACGCAGUAGCUUCGUCAGCAACUGUAUUAACCCCUGAAGCGUCACUCCAGGCAAGGCUUCCAAUUGGAACAGCAAUGUCAGAACGAGCGUGUGGAGCAACAGCAGAGUCAGAACUAGGAGCAACAGCCACAGUAUCAGCUGUACCAGCACUAAAUCAUUGCAAUUAUUCAGGUGCACAACCACCUCUUGCUCUGCAGCCCGGUGCAGCCUUAGCUUGCUCCUCCACUGGUAGACCACCAUCAUCAAUGUCAGGUCCUUCUACUACGGCAGAGACUACAAUUGGUCUUAGCCAGACCUGUAUGAGUGCAUCCACCCAAGCCACUACAACACAUCCCAUCGCUAGCUCAGCUAACACUAGCACUGGCAGCUUUACAGCUGAUGGUAAUGCUGCUAGGAGAGGAACUGCAUUGCAGCAGAGUACACAGCAACCAGCGUCAGUCCACCUUGAAAAUGCGGCACAGCUGGCAGCAGCUGCAGCAGGGAGACAUGCUUCUUCACUGCCUCUCGAGCCACAAGCCAAGAGGGCCCUACUUAGCAGUGUUGGUAGAGCAUUCACCGAGGAAUUGUCCAGGCAUAUUGACUAUGUGUCAGCUCCAAGUAUGGCUCAUACCAGUCCAGAUUCCCAGGCCUCUCUGCUGCACAAGUCUCAGUCCCUCCUGGACAGCCCCGAAAUGUCUGAAGGUGACUCAGGGUUGUCCGGCUCUUCUACUAGCUCAGACACCGAAGGGCCAGAAUGGACAGAAAAUGAUCUGCGCAAUGCUCGAGUUACGGUCUUUUUGGACAGCAAACUGAUGACAUCUGUGGAUAACUGUGAUGGAAUUAUCUUGGACAGUUUAUGCAAGCAGCACCUCAAUAAAAAUAAUGUCAGAAUCAAGUCGAAGAGCAGAAUAACUGAUCCUGCACUCACGCGAGUGGAAAGAAAAGGAGGAGAUAUUAGGACAUUGGUCCAAAUCAUCAUCAACGGAAAACCUGAUGACUACACUAAACAUAGGAUCCGAAGGGAAGUGAUUGAGGACCUGGAGGACCUUACCUUCUCCAAGGAUAAAAUUCAGGUCAUCUACACAGGCGCCUGGGAUUCUAUCCAGGUGGUACUGCUGCUACCAAUGAGGACACUGGGUCAUCUACUCUACCUUGCAGUACACUAUCCUGGACUGCUGCGAGGCCUGGGUAUACUUCAAAUCAUCGACAUCUCCUCAUUGACCAUAAUUGACUUUCGAGAGAUAACAGGCAACUCUAGCAGCUCCACUGUGGCCUUAGACGAGUUGACAGAGGAUGAUGGAGUGCUGUCAGAGGACAAUGAGGAUGAUGAGGAUGAGGAUGAUGUUGAAGUUCUGCCACAGAGCUAUGACAAUGAGCUGGAGUUUUCGAGGCGCACUGACGUAGCUGCUGCUGCUCAGCCCCACAUCUCGCAGCAGGAAUACGACCAGCUAAAUAAUUGCAGUAAGGACUUCCAGCUUGUGCUGGCAGUCAUUAUGAGGUCACACCGGAAAGACCAGAAUUUCCUCACAGCAAUCCGGACUUGCAUUUCCAACGAAUUGCUCUCAAGUGUUGAUAUUGAGCAACCGGAAUCCGUCAAGGUCACAGCUGUCAGAGCAGACCCACCUGUAACCAUGCCAACUAGGGAAGAAACAACAGCAGCAGCUGCGUCAGCAGGAUUUGCAGUGUAUCCAUCCAACCGGACUGCAACAAAACCAUUGCCACUUGGACAGCAAUUAGCACCGCUGUCUCCACCAAUGAAAAGUAGAACUGCAGCAGCAAGAGGAGGGCCUGGAGGAGGAAAAGCAGUAGUAGUAGCAGCAACACCAGCCGUAGCAGCAACACCAGCAGUAGCAGCACCAGCAGUAGCAGCACCAGCAGUAGCAGCAACACCAUCAGUAGCAGCACCAGCAGUAGCAGCACCAGCAGUAGCAGCAACACCAGCAGUAGCCGCAACACCAGCAGUAGCAGAUUCAGCAGUAGCAGCAACACCAGUAGUAGCAGCAACACCAGCAGUAGCAGCACCAGCAGUAGCAGCACCAGCAGUAGCAGCACCAGCAGUAGCAGCAACACAACCAGUAGUAGCACCAGCAGUAGCAGCACCAGCAGUAGCAGCAACACCAGCAGUAGCAGCACCAGCAGUAGCAUCACCAGCAAUAGCAGCACCAGCAGCAGCAGCAACACCAGCAGUAGCAGCACCAGCAGUAGCAGCACAAGCAGUAGCAGCACCAGCAGUAGCAGCACCAGCAGUAGCAGCACCAGCAGCAGCAGCAACACCAGCAGUAGCAGCAACACCAGCAGUAGCAGCACCAGCAGUAGCAGCACCAGCAGUAGCAGCACCAGCAGUAGCAGCACAAGCAGUAGCGGCACCAGCAGUAGCAGCAUCAGCAGUAGCAGCACCAGCAGUAGCAGCAACAGCAGUAGCAGCACCAGCAGUAGCUGCACCAGCAGCACCAGCACCAGCAGCAGUUGCAGCAGCAGCAACAGCAGCAGUAGCACCAAUAUCAGCAACAGCAUCAUGGGCACCUCGAGCAACAGCAAAGCUGGAACCAGGAACAACCGAAACCAAAUCAACUAUGCCAGCACUUCGUACUUAUUCAGGUGAGUUUUGCCUGGUUGACAUUCGAAGGGGUGCCUCGUGA